UCAAGAUCCGGGGAGACUGCAACCGGAAGCACCAUGCGAUGCUUCGUCUCGGACGCGCCCGUGCCCUCCGCUGCGCCUCCAUUGCCUUCUCCACCUCCUCCUCCAUCGAAUCCAGACCUUCACACCUCAGCUCAGACCCUAACAUCGACCUCGCCCACGCCAUCGCUAACCUCGUCAACGCCCACCACGCCGGCCAUUGGCCCCCGUCCCUCGACGCUGCCCUCUCCGCCCUCGCCCGCUCCCAUGCCUCCGACCUCACCCCCUCCGCCCUCCUCCGCUCCCUCUCCCUCCUCCGCCGCCCCUCCGCCGCCGGUCCCCUCCUCCUCUGGUCCCGCCACCACCUUCCCCUCGACCCCCGCGCCGCCGCCAAGGCCCUCCACCUCCUCCUCCGCUCCCGCGCUCUCCGCCCCGCCCUCGACCUCCUCCUAUCCCUCCCCCCAUCCUCCUUCCCUGAUCACUCCUUCAACGCCCUCGUCCGCCGCCUCGCCGCCGCCGGCCAUCUCCGCUCCGCCGUCCGGCUCUUCCGCCUUAUCCCCUUCCCCUCUGUCUUCUCUUACAAUUCCCUCCUCGCUCCCCUCCUCCGCCGUGGCCGCACCCGCGCCGCCUCUGCCCUCUUUGACGAGAUGCUCGCCACCGCAGUCCGGCCCGAUGUCUGCACCUUCAACACCCUCAUCCGAGGCUUCUGUCUCAAUUCCAUGGUCGACGAGGCCUUCCGCCUCUUCAAUGAGAUGCCGCGGCACGGCUGCGCCCCAGACGUCGUCACCUACAACACACUUGUCGACGGCCUUUGCCGCGCAGGCAAGGUCCGCAUCGCCCACAGUCUCCUUAACGGAAUGCGGACAAAAAGCUCCGAUCUUGCACCGAAUGUUGUUUCCUACACCACUCUGAUCCGCGGCUACUGCAGCAAACUCCUCCCGGAUGAGGCCGUGGAGCUCUUCCACCAGAUGGUGGCGCUCGGCCUCAAACCUAAUAAGAUCACAUACAAUACCCUCAUCCAAGGGCUUUGCGACGCACGGAGGAUGGAUUUGGUCAAGGGGAUCAUGGAACCAGGAGAUGAUGGUGGCAAAGAGUUGACUUUUAGGCCGGAUACUUGCACGUUUAACACCCUGAUAGCUGCGCAUUGCAACCUGGGCAGCAUCAGCGAUGCACUUAACGUGUUUGAAAGAAUGGCGGAGAUGAGAGUGAAACGUGAUUCUGCAACUUACAGUACCAUGAUAAAGGGCCUGUGUGAAAAAGGCGAGUUUGUACGAGCUGAGGAGCUCGUUGAUGAGCUGUUGGAGAAGGAGGUGUUCAGGAAGCAAGGCAUUCCCCUGCUGGCAGCUUAUAACCCAAUAUUCGACUACUUGUGUCAGAAUGGGAAGACAGAGAAGGCAAGGAUGUUGCUUCAACAGUUGUUGGAUAAGCAAGCCAAAGUAGAUGUGGCAGCAUUUAAGACAGUGAUCUUGGGCCACUGCAAGGAGGAGCGAUUGAGAGAAGGGUAUGAGCUGCUGGUGUCGAUGGGUAAAAGAGACCUUGUGCCAGAUGCUGCAACUUUUCAAACACUGAUCGAGGGAUUCAUGCAGCAGGAGAAGAUAGGCUUUGCUUGGGAGGCUUUUAGGAAAAUGUUGAACACUUGGCAUCGGCCUAGCACAGGUACAUUCCAUUCAGUACUCGCGGGAUUGGCAAAGAAAAGUCGGUAUGCUAAAGAAGCUGGUGAAUUGGUCACCUUGAUGGUGGAAAGGAAGAUUCGCCCUAAUAUCGAUCUUUCGACGAAUGUUGUCAGCAGUUUGUUUGGAGAUAACCUAAAUGACACUGCUCUCAAGAUUGUUGGAUUGCUUUACCAUAAUGGUUAUCGCGUGAAGAUGGAGGAGUUGAUUCCAUCUCUGUGUGAGAACCAGAAAUUCCUGGAGGCUAAAGAGAUGUUGCUUUUUAGUUUGGAUAAGUGUGAGAAUGUUAAUGAUGAUGUUUAUGGUUUGGUGAUUGGUGGGCUUUGUUUAAGUGGAAGGGCUUCGGAGGCAUUUAGGGUGUUGUACGAAAUGAAUGAAAGAGCCAGUGCACAUGUUUCUUCAAGUUGUUUAUAUGCUCUAAAACUUGCACUUGAAGAAAGUGGAAGAUGGAAAGAAGCAGAGUUUGUUUCCAGGCAAAUGAAUCGUGCGAACAAAAGAAUCGGAAGUUGAUCUGACUAAUGUGAAUUAGAUUGAGUUCCCAGUAGUGCUUGGGGGUUCUGCAACUGCAACAGCUUGGACUAGAAUUACGUACUGGGAUCUGUCCGGUAUCUCCUCCUUUCUGAUGAGCGAGCUUGUUAUUCUUUCGUAGCUCUGAUACCACUUGGACUGAAGGCAGUACCCUCGAUGCACUCCCGAAUCAAUGCAAUGCAAUGCAAUGUGAUGCGAUGCGAUGCACUCUUGAGUAUUCUGGCACUAAAUGCAUGAGACGCAGCUCUGCCUCUCAGGCUGAGAAGGUUCGCUUAUUCCGGCAUCCUCCUCCUCGUCCCCUUCCUCGCCGAUUGCCUUCUCCACCGCUACAUCCUUCGUCCUCUUCCACAACCCCCGGCCUUUGAGGAGCUCCACCGCUUCCUUCAUGGUGGGCCGGUUGUCGGGGUUGAGGUCGGUGCACCGCAAGGCGACCGCCACCGCGUUCCGCAGCUCCGCCGGCUCGAACCUUUCCCCGAGGCGUGGGUCCGCGAUGCGCUCCCACGCGCCCUUCUCCACCAGCGGCGCCGCCCACUGCACUAUGUCGCGCUUGACGCCGCCGGGUAGCUUCUCGAUGGGCUUCCUGGCGCUCACGAUCUCCAGCAGCAGAACGCCGAAGCUGUACACGUCGCAGCUCUCGGCGACUUUCCCCCACAUGGCGUACUCAGGUGCGAGGUAGCCCAGCGUCCCCUUCACCCUCGUCGUCAGGUGGCUCACUCCCUCCGGGAUCAGCUUCGCGAACCCGAAGUCGGCCACUUUGGCGCAGAAGUCGGCGUCGAGCAGCACGUUGCUGGUCUUCACGUCUCGGUGUAUGAUGUGAGGGCUCGCCUCAUGGUGCAAGUACCUGAAACAGGUCGGGAGGGCAUUGAAUCAAACACCUGGCAACGAUGGUAACAUCAUGAACCCGACUCAACUCACGCGAGUCCUUCCGCUGCUCCGAUGGCGAUCUGCAUCCUGCGAGGCCAGUCGAGGAGCAGAUCGGCGGAGCGACGGCCAUGGAGAUGGCUGAGCAGGCUGUGGUUGGGCAUGUAAUCGUAAACGAUCAGCCUCUCCUCGCCACCUGCGUAGAAACCUCUCAGGCUCAGUAGAUUCUUGUGCCUUACCCUCCCCAGCACCUCCACUUCGACGGCGAACUCCAUCUCCGCCUUGGCCGUCAUGGCCUUGAGCCGCUUCACAGCGAUCUACACGACAGCAACAAGUCACUUCAUGACAGAGAGACUCUUAUGUAUGAUGAGUAGUGACUUGCCUCCACUCCUUUGUCAGUUCUACCCCAGUAGACAGUCCCAAAGCCGCCUUCUCCGAGCUUGUUGUCCUCAUGGAAGUUCCUCGUUGCAUGGACGAGCUGUUUCAGGGUGUAGAUUUCCCAAGGAUAGCCGCCGCCACCAUGGCCCUUGUGUGAUCUGAACAAAUACUAGUUGUGAUCACAACUCUAGAAGAAGUUGAAACAGUAGUAUGCAUGCAGGAGCAGGACCAUACGAUACCUUCGUGCAGCCUCACGCCCCUCGAGGGAGAAGCAGCAGCAGAUGCAUCUCUGAAGCAUCCCUAUCCGAGUAGUGAAAGAGAGAAAGGUCAAUGGUGCUUGGAACUCGAGGAAGUAGACGGAGUAGAACAAAGAGCUAAAACUGGUGGGUAGCUGUCCUUGUUCUUGGGUGUCAUUGAACACUUCACCCACUCAAUUGUUUGCACCUCUGGAUCAUAUAAUUUAACUCAGGUACUGCAGCAUAUGCUUUGAUUGUUUAAUGGAUUUGUGGAGGUUGGUUGUCACAACCACAAUCACUGAAAACUUAUGGAAUGAGUCGACUAUAGUUGAUGCUGA